AUGGCGUCACGAUCCAUCAAAGAUACCGCGCUCUCCGCGCAGCGAAGCACCAAAGCUGCCAUAGAGAAUCCUGGAGCAGCAACCACCACUCUCCUGCACCACCCCUACAUGCGGGCUGCUCUUCCCUUCAUCAACGGCGGACUGGCCGGUAUGACCGCAACGGUCGUCAUCCAGCCUGUCGACAUGGUCAAGGUCCGCUUGCAACUCGCGGGCGAGGGUGCCCGCACCGGUCCUCGACCCUCUGCCCUGGGGAUCACCAAGGAGAUCAUCGCUUCGGGCAAGGCCCUCGACCUGUAUACCGGUCUGUCCGCUGGACUGCUUCGCCAGGCCGUCUACACCACUGCUCGUCUCGGAUUCUUCGAUACCUUCAUCAAGAAGCUCAACAAGCGAGCCGAGGACCAAGGCCGCAAGGUCACCUUUGCUGAACGCGCCGCCGCGGGUCUCUCGGCGGGUGGUAUUGCCGCAAUGAUUGGUAACCCUGCCGAUUUGGCUCUUGUACGAAUGCAAUCCGAUGGGUUGAAAGCUCCCGAAGCUCGUGCCAAUUACCGCUCCGUCUUUGACGCCUUGGUUCGCAUCCCCAAGCAGGAAGGAUUGGCUGCGUUGUGGUCUGGCGCCCUGCCCACCGUGGUUCGCGCCAUGGCUCUCAACAUGGGUCAGUUGACCUUCUUCGCGGAGAGCAAAGCUCAGCUCAAGCAGCACACCAGCCUUUCCCCACAGACCACCACCUUUGCCGCCUCCGCGAUCGCGGGAUUCUUUGCCAGUUUCCUGUCCUUGCCAUUUGACUUUGUCAAGACUCGUUUGCAGAAGCAACAAAAGGACCCCGCCACGGGCAAAUUGCCCUACCGAGGAGUCAUCGAUUGUGCAAAGAAAGUUGUCCAGGAGGAAGGAUGGUUGCGAUUCUACCGGGGGUUCGGCACCUACUACGUGCGCAUCGCCCCUCAUGCGAUGGUGACUUUGAUUGUGGCCGAUUACCUUAAUCUGAUCACAAAGUAA